AUGGAGGCUGAGGAGGUGGUGGGGGUGGUGGAGGAGGUAGUGGGGAACCUGAGCCUAGCCAGAGAUGAAGUGACGAGGAACCUCAGCCUGGGGGAGGGCGCAGGGCUGCGGGCCGUGGACGUGGUGCAGGCAUGGGUGACGCCCGCCCUGGUGACGGUGGGCGUGACGGGCAAUGUGGCCAGCGUGCUGGUGCUGAGCUCGCCCAAGCUGCGGGCACUCAGCUCCUCGUGCUACCUGUCGGCGCUGGCCGCCUCGGACACGGGCUUCCUGGCGGCACUGCUGCUGUCGUGGCUGACGCUGGUUGGGCACGACCUGUACGGGCGGCCCGGCUGGUGCCAGGGCAUCGUGUACGCCACCUACGUGACCACCUUCCUCAGCGUGUGGCUGGUGGUGGCCUUCACCGUGGAGAGAUUCGUGGCGGUGUGCUACCCGCUGCUGCGUCACGCGGUGUGCACCGUGCGCCGCGCCCGCAUGGUGGUGUUGUGCCUGGUGCUUACCGCCCUGGCACUCUAUUCAUACCUACUGGUGGUGGCGGCACCCGUACCACACCAGGGCGCUGCGGGCGGCAUGCGGUGCCAGGUGCGCCCGGCCUACCUGGGCGUGGCGGGCGCCAUGAACCACCUGGACACGGUGCUGGCACUACUGCUGCCCGUGCUCACCAUCGUCACACUCAACGUGCAGAUCGCGCGCUGCGUGUGGCGUGUGGAGCGACUUCGCUCGUCUAUGACUCAGCAGGGCUGUGGUGACGGGCCCGACGCCGCCUCGGGGCCUGAGCAGCGGGCCAGGCAGGGACAGGGGCCUGGCCCUCGCCGCGGCCAGCACAAGGUCACCAAGAUGCUGCUGGUCAUCUCAACAGUCUUCAUCUCCCUCAACCUACCCUCCUACUGCAUGAGGGCGUAUGUCUUCUUCUGGUGCGGCAACGACAACGCGUGUGACAACUCCCCAACUACCUACACCCUUCAGCAAACCUUCACCCUUCUCUUCUACACCAACUUCGCCGUCAACUUCCUCCUGUACUGUGUCACGGGGCAAAACUUCCGGCGCGCGGUGGCUGCCUCCUGCUGCUCCUUCGUCACCGCCUCCACCAGCAGGGGCCGCCGCCGCCGCCGCCACCACAGCAGCCGCCACGACCCCCUUCGUCAAUACAGCAACAGCACGAGCCAGCGCAGAUCUUUCCACACCAUUGGGACCUCACGCAAGAAUUCAGGCGGCGUGAUCAUCAACCUCAAGCUAUGGGACCCGCCUCAGCCCGCCUCGCCCGUCCAGCACAACCCCGCUCACGCCCUCAGAACCCCGCCCACCAAGGAGCCGCCCCCCGCCUCCAACGGACUUACGGGCGUGACGCAGCUGGGAGAUGAAAAGGAGGACUAUUUCUGAGUUAGUCGUAAAUCAAACUGAACACCGAAUUCUGAAAUACUUCUGCGCCGGAUCUCCACUACUUUCCAAAGGCUCUAGUUGAGGUGACGCAGUCUUUUUAAGGGUGUUUUUUACGGUUUUGGUGAAAGAUUAACUAGAUUUCUACAUUAACAUCUAAAGAAACACUCUUGAGAACCCGGCUAGUCAUAUCUGUGGCCUUGGAAACUGUACGUGCUGAAAGAGCUAAGCGUUUCUGAAUACGGCCCUAUGUACGAUGUUUUCGGAUGAUUGUACGAUAGUGGUGAUUACCGUACGCUCCACCACCACCACCACUACCAAAAAACAAAAUACUUUCUCUUAUUGUCGUACUCCACAACACACUGUACUUAGUGUUUGUAUAUCGAUGCAUAUCCUGAAUCAUGUUUGUAUAUACGUAGAGAGAGACUGGUUAAAAAUGGGAACUGUACAAAUGCAUAGAUAGAAUGAUAGCAGCAUAUUUAUAUACACUGGUUGAAGCAGAUAAGUGACAGAUAGAUGGAUACGUAAACAUGGAUUGAUGAAGAGAUAAAUUAACAGGUAAACAGGUAAUUAACAGGUAAACGGAUUAGAAUUAUAAUGAAAAAUAGACAGAUAAAUUUAUGCGUAGGCAGACAGAAGUAGAUAGACAGAUAGAUAGAUAGUAGAUAAGUAAAUAGACAGUUACAGAUAGAUAGAUACAUGGAAGAUAAUAAACAAUAAAGAAAUAAAGAAAUAAAGAUGAGAUAGAUAGGUGGAUAGAUACAAAUAGAUAGACAUACAUAUAGAUAAACAGAUAAACAGACAGACAGCAAAGAGAUAUACAGAUAACAAAGUAGGCAGCCAACUAGGUAGGUAGAUAGAUUCAUAGAUAGAUGGAUUGAUUAACAGAUGAUGAGAUAGACAGACAGAUCGAUAAAGUGAUUCAAGCAAACACAAUUACGAGCUGGCAGGCGGGUCGGCAAAUACACAAAAAAAAAUACACGUUAAUUAAAAAUAGUAAACAAAUAAACAACCACGCUAUCGAAAAUUAAUACAAAUUAUUGAUAUUUUGUCACGCUGUCAUGUGGCUGCGUUUUGUAUGUAUGUAUGUAUGUAUGUAUGUAUGUAUGUAUGUAUGUAUGUAUGUAUGUAUGUAUGUAUGUAUGUAAAUAGGUAUAUGUGUAAUAACGCUCUAUGUAUUUAUGUAUUUAUGUAUGUAUGUAUGUGUAGAUAAAUUUCUAUGUACAUUUUACCUGUCCAUAAGUGUAGUACGGUAUUAUGUACGUAUGCCAUGUAUGUAUGUAUGUAUGUAUGUAUGUAUGUUUGCAUGUAUGUACACACGCUUUUAUUAUCAUUACGUACACACACAGUUUUGAUUUAUA